AUGCGAGCGCCGCCGCUGCUGCUGCUGCUGCUGAUGGCGGCCGCGGGCCUGGCCGUGAGUCCGCUCGCGCGCCUCAACCCCUGGCUGAGCGCGUGCGACCUGGAGGAGGAGGCCGCGAGCGCCGAGUGCGGCGACGGGCACGCGGCGUGUAGCGGCGGCGGCGACACGCUGGCGGGGCGCGACGUGCGGCCGCUGUGCGCGCUUGGAGCUGGGGCGAGGGCCCGCCGCCUGGCGGAGCUGCGGCUGCGCUCCUGCUGCGAGCGCUCGCCCGCCUCAGCUCUGGACCGCGGCGCGCGCGCCGACGUGCUCGCCGGCGGGGAGCGUUGCCAGCGCACGCUGCGCGACCUCCUCGCCCUCGACGCGAUGGUCGCGCGCGUGCACUGCGACUUCGCCACCAUCCUCCAGAGAUACGACUGCGACCAGUCCUACUCCGUACAUACGUGUAACGAGUGCCAGGAGACGUACAGACGGUGGGCAUGCAGCACGAUGGUGCCGCUGUGGGUUGAAGAGGGUUCGGAGGAGGAGGAGGGAGGUGGAAGAUCAAGACGGGCGCCCGAGCACGCGGCGCGGUGGCACGCCAGGCACUUGGAGCGCGUGGGGCACUUGGACCGGCGACGGACCGGCGUGGCGGGUUACCUGGAUCGACGGCGGACCGGCGGCGUGGUGGGCCGCUGGGUUCGAGCCGCCGCCGCCGGGCCCGGUCGGCCGCUGAGGCUGAAGCCCUGCCUCUCCGUUUGCCAGCUUGUGGAGCAGCACUGCCCUUACUUCCUGCCGGCGGACCGAGCGCCAGCUUAUCCGACGCAAUACGCUGGCGAACCAACCUUUCUAUGCCUCGAUCCUCGAAUACCUGAAACGGGCGCGCAAGCCAACAAAUCAAACUAUGGGUCAGAUGAUUGCUGCUACUGGUACUGCGAGGGAAGACUCUGCUAUCGCUGCGAGGCGAGGCUCAGUGAACCACCACGGCCCGAGGCCGAGAGAUGCGCGCCCGUCGAAGAACGCACGGCCACAUGUUCAGUGCCGUACCAGGCGCCGGCCUCCGCAGCCCCCACCACACCGCACCCCCUGCUCCUCCUAGCCACCAUGGCCGUCAUUUUCAUACGGACUCACUGGACAUCCAUACCUCUAGUGAAUGUGCGCGAUUCGAGGUUAUAG